UAUAAAAUAAAACCCUUUCGCUCGUUAUUAUUAUAUAUUCAAGCACCAUUUUUAAUCCAUUUUCCCACUAUUUUUUACCUUUGAUGCUCGCAUGGCCGGUCUCGAUUUAGCCACUGCUUCAAUCUACGUUCAGCACCUUCAAAGGCCGGACCUUCACCUACACCACCAACCCGAACCGGAAGACCACGACGUUUCAGAAAACAGUGGUGGCCGUUCAGACCAAGUUCAGGACUUUGUCAACGGCGGUGCCCACUCGGGUGACCUUGUUCUAUCUCGUAGGCCAAGGGGUCGUCCACAAGGUUCGAAGAACAAGCCGAAGCCACCGGUAAUCGUCGCCAGAGAGAGUGCCAACACGCUCCGAGCUGAGAUUCUUGAAGUUUCGAACGGCUGCGAAGUUUUCGACUCCGUCGCCAGCUACGCUCGGAGAAGACAAAGAGGGAUAUGUGUAUUGAGUGGGAGCGGUACGGUGACGAACGUCAGCAUUAGACAGCCGGAUGCGGCUGGAGCUGUUUUAACUCUUCAGGGAAGAUUCGAAAUAUUAUCGCUUUCGGGUUCGUUUUUACCGCCGCCGGCUCCUCCGGGCGCCACCAGUUUGACGAUCCUUUUGGCUGCCGGACAAGGGCGGGUUGUUGGUGGAAGUGUGGUUGGUGAACUGACGGCGGCUGGACCCGUUAUUCUCAUAGCAUCGUCGUUUACGAAUGUGGCGUACGAGAAACUUUCCUUAGAAGAGGAUGAGAUUCAAGUCGACGACGGCGAUGGCGGCGAAAGCAACAUGUUUUCCGAUGCCGGCGCCGGACCGGGUGUGCUGCCUUUCUUCAAUUUGCCACUCAAUAUGCCUCCUAAUGACCAUUUACCUAUCGAAGCAUGGCAAGGAAACUCAGGAGGUGCAUAGGCCGAGGUUUUAUUUUAGGUUUUAAAAUAUUUUCUUUAUUUUCUAAAUUUUUAGAAUUUGUGAUUUCUUAAG